AGCAGUCUCUCCUGUUGACUUGUGAUCUUUCCACUGCCACUGCAUCUGUGAGUAUCGAUUAUACUCCCCCCGCUACGGCUAAUAACGGAACUGAAGCGCCGUCACUCUCACUGACAUACGAAAUUCUGCGAAAAUGAACAACAUUGUUUCCUUUUCGAGGAGGAUGAAGAUUAGCACGUUUCUUGCACUUCUGGUAGCCCUCCAGAACUACACCGCCUCGCCGCUUCUCUCUGUCCGCGCCUACAGUGUCUUUUUGAAGAAGAUUCCCAAUGGCGUCAACAUUCCCGAAUUGGGCGUGGACGCGGAGGGCAAUGCGUGGCAUAAACCCAUGGGGCACACGACCAGUGACGUAGUUGCGCACGCCGACGGAGCCACCACCACGGACAGUUGCAACGAGUGGUACCUGGACUUCCGCGCUGCCGGACGCGCCUGGACGGACGAGCUGUGUCGGAAGGAUUCCGACGGGGACGGGAUGACGAAUGGGCUGGAAUUGGGGGACCCUUGCUGCAAGUGGACGGUGGGCCUGCCCACGUGGCAAGGCGGUCGGUACGAUCCGACCCUACUGACGUCGCCUAGUGUAGCAAGUGUCAACCAGACGUUCGUUCAGGAACAAAACGCGAAGUACAAGUGCAAGGCCAUGCCAACGUACAGCAUGCGGGUGACGACUCCCAGGCCGAGGACUACCUCAACCUCGACGACGUCGGCGGCCGCAUCGACGGAGAUAGCGGACGACGCCGUUUCGACAGAAGACUCGACGGGCGGGGCAGCUGCAACGACGGGCGGGGCAACAGCCAGUCCGCAGGCGCAGGGGGAGUCGGAGGAAGGUGGAGGUGGCGGUGCUAGUGGUCGUACUUCGUCGGGGGGUGAUAUGAUUCACAGUUCGGAGACCCAGCAGAGCGCGAACGGUACUCAUGCUUAAUAGUGAUCGACGGUGAUCAUGUUCUUCCUACUAAUAAAUGCACCCAAACAUAGAAAUCCCUUUAUUAGUUUUAAUGCCUCAAUGUGAACACGUUCUGCACGAACUCCUUUUGUGGCCGAAAGAAAUAGAAAAUGACUCAAAAUCAUAAUUACACAGCCGUGCCCUGCGCGGAACGUUCCGCCGGCCAGGAAGCCUGCGAGCAAGUGGAGGAGGGCGCGGAUGCCUUGUGCUGGUUUGAACCUGGGUCCGCCGCGGGCGGCACCUCGCAAUGCCGCGAAUGGUCAACGGACACGGAGCAGGCAGGCUGUGCCAUGCAACAGGAAGCGGGCGAGUGCGACAAGUUGCCGCGGUGUGAAAUGGUGACGUUUGCGGAUGUGGCGGACAGGCCGUCGGACGACGAGCUGCUGAAUGAGGCCGGGUUGGCGCUGUUGAAAGAGUUGGAAGCCCUGGGUGCAGACGAGCUGGCGCAAAACGGGUUGGCUGUGGAUGCGGUCUGUCUCCCGAGCGCGCAGCUGCAGACCUCGUGUGAACCGUUUGCCCCCAACGCGUUCGAAUGCGUGCGCCGCGGGUGCACGAAGUACCCCACGAAGGACGACAAAACUUGCACAGGCAAGAUCGGCACAAAUUUGAAGAGUACCGAAGUUCAAGAAAGCACGAACAGCACGACGACGACAAGUAAAGGCAGCUGCUUUGGAAUGUGUUGACGAAGGCUGCUGGAUUUUUCGUGAUGCAGAGGAAAAUGGAAAACCUUGAAGACGAUUCGAUUUCACUUCCUCCAUUUUCAUUGAACGCCCUAUUCUUUCUGUUUCGAAGUUUGCAGCAACCAAUCAGUCUUACCUACGUACUCAUUAUUUCGAAAAUCAAUACAUGACUAAACUUCAGCCCGACUACCCCAACCCGCCACCCACAUGAAGAAAAUAACUUACACCCCUUGAAUAGGCCCUCCGCUUUCUUUUCACUUGUGUUACCCGUACCCAACCACGAAAGUUUCUUCAACGUUGCGUGUCCCGUGGUACCCUACCGCUUCUAACAAACAAAUUGUGUCCCAGGCUUGAUGCAUCCGCACCUUCACCAGAAGAUUAUUCGCAGUCAAAACUCG